AUGACAGAGUCCCUUCCAGACGAGGAGCUACUCCCAAACAUAAGAGAUGAUUUUGAAAAGCUAGGAAACCGGCUCUUCGAAAGUACCACCAAGUUUGAAUACAAGGCUGUAAAAGCAACCCGGGCUAUCCUAUAUUCCACAUUGACAAUGACAAACUCCUUUGGCUUCCUGAGGAGUAUUAUCCUUACUAUCCGAUUGCCCUCGGUAGAGGAGAACAUUCCAACGCACCAAUUUCACAUCGCGGAACAGGAUAUCUUCUCCGCAAACUCGCGGAUAUGUUACAAGGUGAAUCAGGACGGCCUGAGGCCUCUGCAGACCAUGUAUCAUGUUACUCGACAGAUCGCCAGCGAGAUGCCUUUUGAUUCGAAGUUCCCCGACUAUCUCCACAUUAGUUAUGAUUCUCGCUUGGUUGAAACAAUGCUGGGGGACGAGGCUGAAGGAGCCCAUGCUUCCGUUGCCUGGAUCUAUACAAUUAAUCGCGACGGCGCUCUAAUCAAGGUUCAGACCCCACAUGGCGACGAGAAGGUUGGAAGCUGUUCUCUUGAAGAGUUACGGCGAAUGCCAGGAGUUGGGACUGCUAUCGAAACGGGUGGGAGAAAUACUCCCUCUGACACUGGAUACUUGAUCCAUCGCAUUGGGGCUUAUAGGGAUCGAGAGCCCAUAUAUGACCCCGGCACUGUUGAUUUUAUUGAAUUGUGUGAAGGUGUCGAACAUGUGAAGGGACAGUACUUUGUUUGGGCUGUGGUCUCUAGAGGUGGAGCACGUGCCAGGGCAAUCUUCCCUAGCAUACGCGAGUACCUCCGGUUGUUUAGCUUGCACUCCUCUUGCCAGGAUUUCCUGGAGCAUCAUCCCCACAUGGGCCUUCGCAAUACGCGGCAAACAACAGGAACCAACAACGCUACUUUUUUAUCAUUAUUCGCUGGUAACAGUUUGUUCACUUCUAGCUCAAAUCGUGGCUCCCGGCUAGAGGAGGAGCCAGAGAGUGUGGAGAUGGUUCCCCUUGAGAUAGGAAAUGAGCAACAGGUGAAGGCCUACUAUGAAUCUGCAUUCAUUACCUUCCAAGAAGCCAACUGCCUCAGCGUGGUAAAAGCGUAUAUCAAGCUCAUGGAGUCGCACGAAACAAUCGACUAUUCAUAUAAUGACGACGACGAGAAAGGGACCCCAAAGGGGCCCAAGCCAGGCUGGUGGCCAAAAAACCUCAUCUACCGUGGACUCGAUAGCCAGACGCAGGCAGAACAAAUAUGUCUCCUUAUCCACAUCUUCCGCGAGCUCGGAGAUACAUAUGGCAUUACCGCUGAUAAGCUAGCGGAAGCUGGGCGUGAUGUACGGCCACAGAUAAAACCCCGUAAGAGACUGGAUAUCCUGGAUGAGCUCUAUAAGGUCCGGAGGGCAGAAGAGAGCUACAAGAGGGGCGAAAUAGAGAUCCCUCCGCCUCAUAAGGUUUACGGUCUAGUUCGUGUCAUUCGCUCCGAUUUUAUCAGAGAGAUCCAGACAAACCCCUUUCAUACUUGGAACGAGCUUCGAGAAUCCUUAGUGCCUCUACCCGGUAUCCUUCAAUAUCGCCUCCAGCCUCCCAAUUUUGAAACAGGGAUAAGCCAGCUAAACAGGUCUCCCGCCGCAAAAGGCAUACACACUGGCCUAUACAGAGGUCGUGCGGUCGCAUAA